UCCCAGCUCCUCCAAAUCUGCCCUCAGUCACUUUCUCUUGGCUUUUUCCCUCACACUUAAAAACAGCGUUGACACUUUGUCAGGGAGACACUCCUUUAUUUUCUCUUUGGAUGUGUUUGUGCGAACAGUGGAUUGUGACCCAUCUGAAACUGUGUGUCUCUUUUGUUCUGGGCUGUGAUGCGGUGUCACUGGUUGUAAACUGAGCGGAGAAAAGAAGAAGCACCGCCUGCAGCUUUUGUCUUUGUCGCAUCUCCUCACUGUCUCUGGGAUGUAAGAACUCACUAAACUCACUUUUUAUUUUUCUUUCUUUUGUUUGACACAAAGGAACUUACUUUUUUUCCCUCCCGAGGAGAAACUAUGGCGAGACUUGCGUCGAAUAUGCGUCUUGUUGUGUUUUUGAUGGGAUUAUUUUUGCUGUGUUCUCCAUCGGGAGGUGAGCCGGAGCCGCAGCAGGAGGAGGAGGAGGAGGAGGAGAGCUCCUGUCAGGGAGCAUUUGACCUCUAUUUCGUCCUCGAUAAGUCUGGCAGUGUGAAGAAUCACUGGGACGAAAUCUACUACUUUGUGGAGAACUUAGCUGAGAAAUUCAAAAGUCCAAUGCUGAGAAUGUCCUUCAUAACUUUCUCCUCCAGAGCAUCCACCAUCAUGAAACUAACAGAAAACAGAGUUGACAUCAAAAAGGGGCUGAAUGCUCUGAAAAGGGAGAUUCCAGGUGGAGACACAUUCAUGCACCUUGGAUUGCAGAGGGCAAAUGAGCAGAUAUACCAUGAGAACUUUGGCACGGCCAGUGUGAUUAUUGCACUGACAGAUGGUGAGCUGCAGGAGCAUCAGCUCAUCGAUGCACAGCUAGAGGCAGAGAGAGCCAGGUCUCUUGGAGCUAUUGUGUACUGCGUUGGUGUCAAAGACUUCAAUGAGACACAGCUGGCCACCAUUGCAGACACCAUCGAGCAUGUGUUUCCUGUCCUGGGUGGCUUCCAUGCCCUCCGGGGAGUCAUUGAUUCGAUCAUCAAGAAAUCCUGCAUUGAAAUCCUGGCAGCUGAGCCGUCCAGUGUUUGUGCAGGAGAGUCGUUCCAAGUGGUGGUGAGAGGAAACGGGUUUCUUCAUGCCAGGAACAUCGACCAGGUGCUCUGCAGCUUCAAAAUCAAUGAUACCAUCACAGUCAAUGAAAAGCCGGCCGGAGUAGAAGACACGUUCUUACUGUGUCCAGCUCCUGUCAUUGAUGAAGUUGGAAAGGUGAUUUAUCUCCAAGUGAGCAUGAACGACGGUCUGUCCUUCAUCAGCAGCAAUGUGCACAUCACCACCACAGAGUGUUUCGAUGGCACUAUUCUCCUCAUCACCCUGCUGGUACUGUUCCUACUGCUGGCCAUGCUCUUCAUGUGGUGGUUCUGGCCUCUCUGCUGCACUGUGGUAAUCAAAGAACCUCCUCCUCCACCUCCUCCUGAGCCUGAGUCCGAUGAUGAAGAUGGUCAGCCUAAGAAGAAGUGGCCCACUGUGGAUGCUUCAUAUUAUGGGGGAAGAGGAAUUGGAGGGAUCAAGAGGAUGGAGGUGCGUUGGGGAGGAAAGGGUUCGACCGAGGAGGGAGCGAAGCUGGAGAAGCCGAAGAACGCUGUGGUGAAAAUGCCGGAGCAGGAGUACGAACCCUUCGAGCCCAAACCCAAGAAAGCUCACAACAAGAAGCCUACUCAGAACCGGAAGUGGUACACACCCAUCCGGGGUAAACUGGAUGCUAUCUGGGCUCUGUUUCGCCGUGGGUAUGACCAGGUCUCUCUGAUGAGACCCCAGCCCGGGGAUCAUGGUCGUUGCAUCAACUUCACAAGAGUGAAGGACGAGUCAGCAGCAGCCAAGGCCCCACCUCGCACUCCCAUCCACACGCCCUCGCCGCCGCCACCUGACUACCGCCCCGUGACUCGCACCGCCUCCUCGUCUCCCACCUCCACCAGCCCUCCUGCCAGAUUGCCCCCAUCAGGCCCGGUACUCCCAGGUCUGCCACCGUCCCGCACGCCCCCUGGGCUUCCCUGUCCGCCGCCAUCGCGCCCCCCGCCCAGCCUCCAACCCUGAAUCUCAUAGACAAAGCCCCUCCCCAAACACCCUGGCUUUGAUACACAGACUUACCGCUCUGUUGACCAGUUCUUUCAAUUUGAAGGCCGUGGACCUUCUACCUGGGCCAAAGAUACUCCUGCUAUAAGCCAAAGAUUUUGAAUCCCUGUCACUCUGUUCUUCUCGUAUGGGAGAGUGUCAAGUUAAACAGUUGAGUCAUUUCACACAUGCUACGACAAAGCAUGAAAAUGUUUUAAUACCAAAGACAGUUGCUAUAAAGACUGACAUUUUACGAACCAGUUUUAUGUGCUAAAGUGAAAUCAUUGAAAACACAUAUUCAGUCUGUUUGACUUCACAUUUCAAACCAUACAGAGCGAACAAGAAAUACUUUAACUUUGUGUUGGGGGGAUUGUUGCUGGACAGCAAAGCAUGUUGGGACAGGGAAGUCCACAGAAGAAUAAUGCAAUGGAUGAAACUUGUUUUAUUUUAAUCAACUACUGAGUUAUGCCAUUGUAAUUGAGAACGAAGUUGAAAAGCAGUUUGUACAUGGAAAGUUAAGCUCCAUUGGAGUGAGGUUUUGUGGAAUUUGAUUUCCAAGCGAAGUUAAUCAAUUGUGUUGUUAAAAGUGUUUAGAAACAAAGAAAAAAAACAUGUGAUUUGUUAAAAUAUUUAGUUUAGUUUUUUCCACCUUUUUGUUUUGUUUCUUUUAUCCGACAACAUGCGAAGCCAACAGAUUCCAGCGCUCUAAUAAAGCGAUGACAGUAACAGUGUCAGGGAAGUGUACAGAUGUUAUAUGGAAGGUUUUUUACAAAAUGUUUGAGAUGUGUUUUUCAAUGCUAUGUCUUUGAGGCCUUAACCUUGAAGCCUUAACCACCUUUUCAUGUAGUUGAAUUAAGAUUCCAGCAUUAUAUAUUUUUUAUUUUGUGGUUUUUUUACUUUGGUAUCUGCGCACAUAGACCGCUGGGCAACUACAGUAUGUAUUUGUUUGUUGUUAGCAUCGGAACAUUGAAACGUAUAUGAAAUCAAGCAAGCAGGUUAAACGUCUCUCCUCACAUUUUUUUUUUUACUUGAUACCAUUAUGUGUGUUUUAUAUCUUCAGUUUUAUCAUCACCAGUCACAUUGCAGGUCACAUUGCAACUGCAGGGCAGUUCAAAGAGCAUCUAAUUUAUUUUACUCCCCCGAGAGGAAUAUAGGAGAGUACUUGAAUAUCGACAAGGUGUCCAACCACCAAGACGGACACUGUGCGCAGACUUUAGAAACACAACACAUUGUCAGAUAAAAGUCAUAUAAGGAUUACCAGCAUUUCUCAACCCUCAGCUACUCUGAAAAACUACAAUAUGAGAACGCAGGCUUGUGGGAGUUUGAAUUUUUGUUUUGGAAUUUAUUUCUUCAACAUGGCCCGAAUAAUCUGCCUAAAAAAAAAAAAAACCUUCACUGAAACUGAAUGUAAACCGUUUACAGUGGUGUGGAAAUUGGGAAGAUAAAAACACAAUUGUGUGAAUCUUGGCAUUAUGUGUGAAGCUCUUUUCUAGCAGCUGAAAAGACGCCACUAUUGUCCCAUAUUCUGAAAAAACAUAAUUCCUCUAAAACUGAAUAAUAAAAAAGGUUUGAGAUGUUGUCUUUAGAAAAUCAGUUGGAAUAUGCUGGUAUUUCUAUAUCCAGUGCCUUAUGGAGUUUUUUCACUUGACUUUUCUUUUUUUGUACUUUUCAUUUUUACGCAUACGUCGUUCAGAUAUGUCCGGUAGCAUUGUGUCACCACAUGAAUUUGUAAUCAGUCGCAGAGUCUCCACUGCUGAGGGAAAAGUCCUGUCAUGUAAAUUGUUUCACAAACUAGUAUAAUAAACCUUUUAAAAUUUUAAUUGGCCUGCUGGAGUUGAAUCAACUCAUAAUAGUGGGUGUGUGGAACUGUUAAAUGAAUAUAAUAAGGUAAAUGUGAAUGUCGCUAAAACGUUUCAAGCAUCAAAUUUGACUGCAUUCCCACAACCCUCAUAGCUUAUUUCUUCAUCGCUAAAAUAGACAAACGUUUUGGGAACAAUUUCCAUUUUAUGAGACUUAAUAAUUUUCCAACAGUUUGUAGUAUCAAGAAAAAAGAUGGAGAUGACAUUUUGUUUGUACAGUUUCAACUAAAUUGCACUCGGCAGAGUUCAUACCUCCUCCAAAGCAGUCUCCUUAUGAAUCCACAUUUAAAUUAAUGAGGUCCUGAUUUUUAUUUUGAUCUGAUCCAAAUUCACACUUAGAAAUAUCAGACCCCGUAAAAUGUCAGAUUUUUAACAUCAAGAUCCAUGAAUUAUUCCCUCAGAAAUCAAGAGACAUGUAGAAAAACAUACAGCCCGUCUUGCAAUGUUAAAGAAAGUGGAAAAAGUUCCUGGAUCCACACACAUUUAAUGGAUUCACACCUGACCCAUACCCCAUCCUUCCGUCUAGUUUUGUGGAGAACUGUCUUGUAGUUUUUGUGUUACCUUGUUCACAAACUAACCAAUCAACCAGCAAAGAAACAGACAGGGGUGAAAACAGAACCUCGUUGGCAGCAAAACAAAAACAGAAUUGACCAGACUUUGGCCGGUAUGAUUUGUUAAGUUACACAAUUCUGUUUACAUUGUGUUUCGCUGCAACAUCAAACUGCACCUAAGUUAGACUUCCUCCUUUAACUCCCGUCAGGUUGCCAAGUGACCCAAGCUCUAAACCAAAGCAGGUCUCAUCUCCGUCCCUGACACCAUUUCAUUUGUGAAAUGAACAUUCCUUGGUUUCGUUACCUUGGUCCCAGUGAUGCAUCCUUUCUAAUUUGCUCCUAAUAAUAAUAAUAAUAAUAACAACUUUAUUCGCAGCCAGGAAGAAUUACAGUAUAAAUGCAGCAUCAGUGCUUGAAAGGGAGGUUCUGCAGUUGUUAUCACUGUCAGAUGAGUAGAGAUGCAUUAUGUUAACCAGUGUAUAAACAGCAGUUCUGAAGCAAAUAUGAAAGACGUAUAUGAUUUUCUUCAUUUGUUGACAUGACUUUUUUGAACAGUAUCAAUAAAGGUUGACCUCCAAGCUUC